AUGUCCGCGCCUAAUGCGACCGCAACCAAUGGCCAUGCGCCACCUGGAGAUCUGCCUUCUCUCGCCGCCCUCUUCCUGAUCAAGUUCGACCUCAAAGUCGGCUACACCAUCACCUGGAAGCGCUCCCGGCCCGACCUCGAACUCGAUGGAGCCGUAGAAUUCAAGUCGUUGCCUUCGGGCCUGCAUAGCGUCAAAGAAGACCUGGUAUACUUCGUUCACGAACAGUACGUAGGGCUCAGCGCAUUCAUCAAUGAUCCGGCAUCUGAAGCGGAGCGCAACGCGCAUCUUGUGGCUGUGGGCAUCCUGGUACCUCUAAGCCAGGGUCGCCUUGGACGGAGCUGGCUGCACGCCCAAAGACUCCGAGAGCUGGCCAAGCUGCUCGCGCAUGACACAACAAAGACGGAGCCCCUGGAGCAAUACUGGACCGCCAAUUCUGCAGAGCGCAGCGCCGAUACCCCAGAAAAUGAGCUGUCCGAGACGUCAUCCACCGUUUCGCGUCCUCCACCUUCGGUGCUUAGGAAGAAAAAGAGCUAUGCGAGAGAUCGCGGGCUGUCCAACGUGACUGCGUUCCAUCCUACACAUGAAACCUUGGAUGUCGCCCAUCCCGCCCUGUCCAUAAUCAAGUACAUAGAUACCUUCGGCCCUUUGGUCUUCCCUCUCCUUAGAUUGGCGUUGCUUAGGAAGCGCGUCUUGUUCAUCACGCCUCCGCCGGUUCGGUUGGCUUGCGAGUUUGUUUAUGACCUCUCGAUACUUUCAACCAUUCCUUCCUCGGUUACAGAUGUUCUCCCUCCAGGGUCUGAACCGUUGCAACGAUUGCGAAGCUUGUUCACAGUUGGGAUCCACGACAUUCCCAAGUUGCAGGAGGAUGCGUCCAAACACGAAUCUGCGAAGCUGUCGAAUGAGCCUCUGGAGGAAGGUAAUUGGUCUCCAGGCUGGGCAGCCUGUACCACUGAUGAAGUCCUGGCCAUCAAGACGAACCUCUACGAUGUCACUGUCGAGCUGCCAGCGCAAGUGGAAUCCUCGAUAGAAGAAAAGCGAUGGCCGAGGAUCAAGACGGCGGCAGGCAGAGAGAUCAAGGCGACUCAGCGAGACUUGAGACGAUUCCGCAUCCUGCACGCAGAGCUUCGCAAAACGCAACGGCACUCUGUCGAAAUGCCACGGGCCGAGGAACAAGAGUCAGACGAGGAGUCAGACGAUGACAAUGCAGCAUUGCUCGGGUCGUCACCACGGGCCGAGAGCAAUUGCGGCGGCGACGAGGAAGUGUACGCGGACAACCUGAUCGAAGCUUCGACGUGGGCAGCACUUGCCUACUCAGGGUUCAUGUGGUGGGCGUCGGCGGGCGAGAAGGAUGCCUCAUUUUCUGAGGAAGCAGACCGCGACCGGGCGUUGGUUGGCGACCUGUCGGACUUCAUGACCAUGUCACACGCGUCGCACGCGUCACUCCGCAGCUCGGACGAGGCAAUGGCGCAGACGUGGUACCAAGGGGCAACGGCCCCUCACACAGCCAUCAUUGCCUACUUCCACCGCGUUACGGCGGAGAUAUUCAGCACUCUCGGCGACAUCGUUGAUGCAGCGGACGACGAAGAUCACGGCUCGGAUGGGGACGAUGGAGGAGAUUCGGUGGUGGUGCACGGCGAUGACGUCAGUAGGAUGGGGUUGGAUGUUUGGAGCGAGUCGGACAAGGAUUUUGUGCAAGAGGUGCUGCAGAUGUACUUUGGAAGGAGGGCAGAUGUGCACGGCGGAAGCAUCGAGUGCUGUGGCAUCAAGAUCUGCUGA